AUGGACGACCUGAUUAAUGCGACGGACGCCAACGCCAGCGCCCCCGCGCUGGCGCUGCAGUGGUCCGUUUGGGGCGUCUUCAACGUGGUCAGCUCCGUCAUAACGCUGCUGCUCAACGCCGGCGUCCUGCUCCUCCUCCUCCGCCCGGCGAUCCUCAUCCAGCCCUUCACGCUCUACCUCCUCAACCUGCUGGUCAGCAACCUGCUGUGGAUCCUGGUGGAGCACCCCCUGGACCUCCUGUCCACCUCCUACGCCCGCUGGUGGCUGGGCGACGCCGUCUGCACGCUCUUCCUCUACGCCAGCUACGUCCUCUCCAACGGGGUCAUCUCGGCGCAGGUCCUCAUCACCGUCAACCGGCUGUGGGCCGUCACCUUCCCGGUGCACUACCGUGAUCACCACACCCGCCGGGUGGCAGUCCUCCUCAUCGCCGGGAUGUGGGCCUUCUCCCACGUCUGCCUCCUCUCGGGGGUGCUCCUGGACGCCCUCCGCUACCGCCGGCCGCCGGCCCGCUUCGGCUGCGUGGUCAACACCGGCGCCGGCGCCCUGGAGGUCUGGGGCAACGUCACACAGUGGCUCAACUUCAACCUGGAGCUCUUAUUCAGCGCCUGCGCCUACUUCUUCAUCUGGUAUAAACGCCGGCAGCUCCUCCUGGCCCGGCUGCAGCGGGUGUCGCCCCUCCCGGGAGCGGUGCACCGGGAGUCGGACACCUGCCGCGGGACGCUGCCGCUGUCGCCGCCGUCCCGCCCGCGGGCGCGGUCGCAGUCCUUCAUGAUCCUGACGCUGCUGACGUGGAGUAUGUUCCUCAACCAGAUCCCGGCGUCCAUCUACUUCACCGCGGUCUUUUACGUGGACCCGGCGCGCAGCGGCAUGCAGACGCUGUUCCGCAUCAGCACGGUGUGUCUGUCGCUGCAGUCCGGACUGAACCCGAUCCUCUUCGCCGUGGUGAUGGACACCGUGCGGGAGUCCUUCCGGCACUGGCUGCACGGCGUCCGGCGCUGCUGGGCAGCCGCCCGCGGGGGGUGCCGGCGGGAAGCGGCGGCGGGGAGCGGGUGUAGCGUGAAGUGUCUCUGCUCCUCCUGUACCCGCAGCUGGCGCGGCAGCUCCUUCGAUAUGGCCGCGACUAACAAGGCCACGCCCUCUUCGGACACCUCCAAAUAG